UUUAUUUUGCAGAUAGAAAGCUUAGACAAGAGUUUAGAAGACUUGUUGACCAGAGUGGAUGAAUUUGUGGGAAUGCUGGACAUGAUUCGAAGUGAUUCCUCUCAAGUUGUCAAUGAAAGUAUACCUCAAAUUUACACAAAAGCUACAGAAAUGAGGCACAUAUACAGGAAGAUUGACAAGCUAGAGGCUUUUGUGAAGAUGAUUGGAAAUAGUGUAGCUGGGCUGGAAGAACGGGUCAUAAAGGCAGAAACAGACCUUGGAGCCUUUCCAAGCACAUUCAAGAAAAUCUUGCACACAAUCAGCAUACCAUCAUUCCUUAAUAAAUCAUCUUCCUCACGACAACAACAGACCCUCUAUGAACCUCCAGUCCUCUUCAAGACUGAAGACUAUUUUCCAUGUCUUAAUGAAGCACCUCAUUGAUGAUUUUUGUGUUGGGAUUGACAUGAAUCAGCCAGAACAGAGACAGCCAAGUGAACAAAAGAAAUGCUAACCUCAAAAUAGCUGCAUUUCUGAACAUUAUUGAUGGCAUAUUGCCAUUCUGAUUCUCGUUGUCUUCCUUCAGGCAGUAUUUUCAGGUAAUCUUUGUUUGUGGACAUUAUUUCAAAAGUCUUCCUAAAACAGUAUAAAUUUUCAGAUUGUAUUGGGGAAGGAACUUCACAAUACUUCUGCAUUAG